CUCUCUCUCUCUCUCUCUCUUACUCGCUCCCUCUCUCCCUCUCCCCUCUCUCUCUCUCUCUCCAACCACUCACAGAGAGGCAGACCUAGUUGACAGCCUCAACACAGGCAGACAAAUAGUGAGAGCGUGUGAGCACGAGUCAGGAAGAGUGCGAAAGAAGGAGCACCAAAGACCACACACCCAAAUAAAAGAGAAAAACGAUUGCAGAGGAGAGGAGGGGAAAUUCCAAGUCAAAGCCCAGUGCAUGGUCAAUGAGAUCAAUUUAACUUGCAGUCCUGCGUUUGUUAUCUCAAGGGAUAGCAUCAGGCUUCAGUGAAUUGCCAGUGGAGUGAACAAGCGAGCAGCCAUCCAAGUUGUUCUACCUUUGCCAUCUGUGGCUUGGCUCCUUGUCGAACGGUCGGACUGUCAGAGCUGCUAUAGACCCGGUGCUGCCUGCAGAGAUGGACGCAGAUGCCAAGGACAAGGAGAGGAAAACCAAGAUCCAGUUCUCAGUCCCGUCCGCUGUGCCCCUUCAGCUGGACCCGCGACAAGUGGAGAUGAUUCGGAGGCGGAGACCAACACCCGCUACGCUAUUCCGUUUGACAGACCAACCGUCUCCUGAGGAGGAAAACGACAAUCACCAGUGGGUCAUUGGGGAAAAUGGCGUCCUCACCAAGAAAAUCAAUGCGCAUGUGUACCAGCCUCCAUCACUCAAAGCCGUACAGAGGAUGGCGCAAGCCCGCAUGAAGUCUCUGGGAACCUGUGGCCCCGAAGAGACAGAUGACUUCUCUGGGGAGGAAAGCGUGGACUGUGAGGAGAGCCUGGAUAUAUCCCCUGUCUCCACCACUGGGUCAAGGGUCAAUUCAGAGGGAAGAAUUGCCCACUUUCUUCACCUGAGAGUCCCACACGGAGAGGAGGAAGAGGAGCGUGAUGAUGAGGAGAAGAGGGAAAAAGGUGGACCAAGGAGGACAAAGAAGAAGGGAGAAUAACAGAGCGCUGUGUGUUACAGAGAGGAGAUUCAGAUUCUGUGGCAAAAGAUGAUUGACGAUCCAGAGUGAUGUUUCCUAAUUAUUAUAUAAAGAGCGUGGAGAAAAUAUCGAAAUACAUGUGUGUGCGUGCGUGCGUGCGUGCGUUUGUGCAGUUGUGUGUGUGCUUGCUUGCAUUCAUGUGUGUGUGUUUGUCAGUGGAGGCUCCUCAGAGGAGGAAGGGGAGGACCAUCCUCCUCAGUGAAUUUCAUAAAAAUUUAAAUUGUAAAACAUUUAAAAAGUUAGUAUUUUUAGAUAAAACUAUACUAAAUACAAUCACUUCACCGAACAAUUGAUUAAAACACACUAUUCUGCAAAGAAGGUCUCCAGUAGCCUCAACAGCACUCUGUAGGGUAGCACCAUGGUGUAGCCGGAGGACAGCUAGCUUCAGUCCUCCUCUAGGUACAUUGACUUCAAUACAAAACCCAGGAGGCACGAGGUUCUCAACCCGUCCAUAGACUUACACAGUAAUUAUGACAACCUCCGGAGGACAUCCUCCAGCCUAUCAGAUUUCUUGCAACAUGAACUGACAUGUUGUCCACACAAUCAAAGAAUCAGAUAAUUAAUCUAAUACUGAAAUCAUAUGCUACAGCUAGCUAGCACUGUAGUGUAUACAAUGUGGUAAGUAAAUGUAAAUGUAAGUAGUUGACUCAAAGAGAGAGAAAGACAAUAGUUGAACAGGUAUGAAAACAUGUAUUUCUUCCAAAAUGAAGGAGAAGCAAGAGAGAAAUAGAGAGAGAUUUUGUCAUUUUUUGUUCACUUUCAAUUUCACUUAGUUAGCAAAUGCAGCUAGCUAAUUUAGCCUACUGAAACACACUGUUCAAACAGAGGGAUGCUAUGUUAGCUAGCUGGCUACGACUAUCCAAUACAACACUGGAACUCUUCCAAGGCAAGGUAAGCUUUUAGUGUUACUAAUUUAUUGCCACCAGGGCCCUGUACACUAACAUUACUGUGUGAUUGUAGCGGGUUUACUAAUGGGUUGGUUCUAUUAACUAUGCUGACUAUGACACUACUUUAGCUAAUAUGGUGACAACGAUGUAGGCUGUGUGUAGCGGUUCGGCUUGGAAAGGUUUUUUCGCCUGGUCACAUACUGUUGUGCAUUGAAGUCCACAGGCGAAGGGACAAGGUGAGAGGAGGAGAGCGCGGACUACAACGUGGCUCCUAUGAAAGUCAACUGUGUUUACGUGUGUAAUUCAUUCUGCCGAUUCUGGUGAAAAAUGUUUAUUAAACGGAAGCAAACGGAACAAAACGGGGAUAGACAUACCUGAAUUUGUCCAAUAGAAACUCUCGUUUGCAACUGUUGGACUAAUGAUUACACUCUAUAUCAGCUGGAUGCAGUCAAGAGUGUGCAAGGUGGUAUUGAUGUCACUGUCUGUUGCCUGAAAUUUGUCUCUCAACCUGUGUGCAGCUACGUUAUAAACUUUCAUUCAUAGGCUAGGUUGUAGCAACCUCACGAUGUGUGUAGGGAAAAGUAUUCUAGUAUCACGUAGUGGCCUAAACCUAUCGCUGUUACAUUGAACUAGGUGAAUGGAAUAUGAACGAGAGUCAUCCAAUUUGCUGUGAUAUAAAUAAAUCGUCCUCCCUCAUCUUAAACGGCACUGACCGCCACUGGUGUGUGUGUGUACGUAUGCGUAUCUUUGUGUGUGUGUUUGUAUGCAUGUGAGAAAGAGAGAGACACAGUGAGAGAAAUAAAACGAGAGACAGAGAGAAAAAGAGAGAGAGUUCUAAAGUGUUUAAGCUGAAUGGUAGUGUUCCAGACAGUACUUCCUUAUGAAUUCCAGAUUGCAGACGUCACUGUCUGAGGAACAGUCUUGGUGGCUGUGCAGCCGCCACGGAGGGAAGACGAUGCUUAUCAUUGAGCGCGUUCCAGAUUGUAGUUUUUUGCAGGCGCACUGCGCCUUAGGUCCAUGCUUUUUGUUGUGGAAAUGAAGGCAUUGUGAUUUGACCAGUAUUCCCAGCAUUAUCCACUAGUUGUUGCAGGUAGAAAAUCCUAGGAAAUGUUCUGUAAUUGACACAAGCUGUCUCCAAUCAAUCAACCAAUCAAUGUCUGGUUGUGCAUGUGUGUUUGGCAGGGGAUCGCCUGAGCCAGGGGAGGCGUGGCUCUGCGAAUCUCAAUCACACAAAACCUAUUAUUUGUCAGGGAAUACUAUUUGUAGAUCAGUAAUUCUACACCUCACUUUGCUUAAGGUGAUUCUGUCAAAUGGACUCGGAAGUUGUAGCUAAAAAUUGAUCAGUUAAGGGAACUAGUCAAUUUAACCAACCAUGGAAGUAAAUUGUAGCCAAUUUGAGGGGUGGCCCAGUCCGGGACUCAAACCUGGGUCCAGCAAUUGUUAAGCCAACAAUUUAACCGUUAAGGUGUUGGCUUGACAGUCGCUGAACAUGGGUUUGAUUCCCGGGCGGGGUUACACCCAGAAUUCAUUGCAUUUGUGCCAGAAGAGGGAUGUGUGGUGUUUUUUUUCCAUUUUUUUCCCCACUCAUUCAUUUACUCCACCAAUAAGCACGGAAUUGAGCUGCUUGCUAUGGAACAGGUAAACUAGUUGUUUACAUGUUUGAUUGUUAAGAUAAGUGCAGGCAUGAGAAGCGACUAAUAUUUCAUGGGUGGGGAGAGGGAGCGGGAGAAAAGGGUGGACCUGGAGGGGGUAUUGCUUGAAGCACUGAACACCAUGUCAUGACGUGAAUUGGAGUGUGUUUAGUCUAUUACAGGCAUCAUCACUUCACUGACUUACGAAUUCUACACUAGACAUUAGGAAUAUACUCUAUUUGGAACAAAAACUAAUAACCGGUUCUCAAGAGAUGAAAGCAUGGGUUCUGUUCCAGAACACUGGAGAUCACUCUUGUUUGCUAAAGUGGUAAGAUGAAUCGUUUUGCUCACAAUUCAAUGUUUUUAUUUACUUUUACUAACACCAAUGACACUUGGUAUUUAGACACACCAAAUCCUCAAAUGUAUGACAUACUAAAAGGGUGUGAUUAGCUAAUAAUUUUCUUUAAUAUAGACCCCGCCCCCAAUAACAGUUUGCCACUGGAGGGAAUGCUCAAGGUUCUUGUAUAUCUUUGUAAUGAGUGAUUUUCAAGGCGGUAACACCAAUUAAAUAUUCUUUGUUUUUAUUGAUCUAUACAAUAUAUGAAAUAAUUUUGUUUACUUUCUAGCAUUUAAAAUAAUUGAUAGAUAUCUCUAAAUCCCCAAAACAUGUCACUACUACUCUACUCAUUGCUACUGGGACAAGAUAAUUUGCUUGCCCUAACUAAGCAAUGCAUACAGGGCAUUCGGAAAGCAUUCAGACCCCUUGACUUUUUCCACAUUUUGUUACAUUACAGCCUUAUUCUAAAAUGGAUUAAAUAGUUUUUUUCCCUCACCAAUCUACACACAAUACCCCAUAAUGACAAAGCAAAAACUGUUUUAUAGAAAUUUUUGCAAGUGUAUUAUAAAUAAAAAACUGAAAUAUCACAUUUACAUAAGUAUUCGAACCCUUUACUCAGUACUUUUUUGAAGCACCAUUGGCAGUGAUUACAGCCUCGAGUCGGCUUGGGUACAAGCUUGGCACAACUGUAUUUGUGGAGUUUCUCCCAUUAUUCUCUGCAGAACCUCUCAAGCUCUGUCAGGUUGGAUGGGGGGCGUCAAAGCACAGCUAUUUUCAGGUCUCUCCAGAGAUGUUCGAUCGGGUUCAAGUCCGGGCUCUGGCUGAGCCACUCAAGAACAUUCAGAGACUUGUCCAGAAGCCACUCCUGCAUUGUCUUGGCUGUGUGCUUAGGGUCGUUGUCCUGUUGGAAGGAUAACCUUUGCCAAAGUCUGAGGUUCUGAGUGCUCUGGAGCAGGUUUUCAUCAAGGAUCUCUCUCUGUACCUUGCUCCGUUUAUCUUUCCCUCGAUCCUGACUAGUCUCCCAGUCCCUGCCGCUGAAAAACAUCCCCACAGCAUGAUGCUGCCACCACCACCAUGCUUCAUCGUACGGAUGGUGCCAGGUUUCCUCCAGACAUGACGCUUGGCAUUCAGACCAAAGAGUUCAAUCUUGUUUCAUCAGACCAGAGAAUCUUGCUGCUCAUGGUCUGAGAGUCCUUUAGGUGCCUUUUGGCAACUCCAAGCGGGCUGUCAUCGGCCUUUUACUGAAGAGUGGCUUCCGUCUGGCCACUACCAUAAAGGCCUGAUUGCUGGAGUGCUGUAGAGAUGGUUGUCCGUUUGGAAGGUUCUCCCAUCUCCACGGAGGAACUCUGGAGCUCUGUCAGAGUGACCACCGGGUUCUUGGCCACCUCCCUGACCAAGGCCUUUCUCCCCCGAUUACUCAGUUUGGCCAAGCAGCCAGCUCUAGGAAGAGUCGUGGUGGUUCCAAACUUCUUUCAUUUAAGAAUGAUGGAGGCCAAUGUGUUCUUGGUGACCUUCUAUACUGCAGACAUUUUUUGGUACCCUUCCCCAGAUCUGUACCUCGACACAAUCCUGUCUGGGAGCUCUACGGACAAUUCCUUCGACCACAUGGCUUGGUUUUUGCUCUGACAUGCACUAUCAAAUGUGGGACCUUAUAUGGACAAGUGUGUGCCUUUCCAAAUCAUGUCCAAUCAAUUGAAUUUACCACAGGUUGACUCCAUUCAAGUUGUAGGAGCAUCUCAAGGUUGAUCAAUGGAAACAUGAUGCACUUGAGCUCAAUGUCGAAUCUCAUAGCAAAGGGUCCGAAUACUUAUUUAAAUAAGGUAUUUCUGUUUUUGUUUUUUAUUAUACAUUUGCAAAAAAUUCAAAAACCUGUUUUCGCAGUGUCAUUAUGGGGUAUUGUGUGUAGUUUGAAGAGGAAUUGUUUUUAUUUAAUCAUAAGCCUGUAACAUAACACUGUGGAAAAAGUCAAGGGGUCUGAAUACUUUCCGAAUGUAGUAUAUGUUUAUAAUUGAUAAACAGUUCAAGAUAAACAAAAAAAACAUGUAUGAUGUGUAACUAUUUGACAUUUUAAAGUGUUUUUCGUGGUUGCAAACGCGAGGGAUACAAAUGCCUGACGCAAUUCAAGAAAGACCCUUCUCCAGGCUUUGUGAGGUCUGAUAUUCUGCACAGUGCAUAUGCAAUAAACACUGCCUGGAUCAGCGACCAUUGCAUUGAGGGCUAGUUUCAUCUGCUUUGAUAUGUAGAAGUUGUAUUUUUUUUGUAACUUUGAUGAAAGGGGUACUGAACUCACAGUGCAUGCUCUGUGCACAGUUAGCAUGUAGCCUAGCGUGUUGUGCAUGGUACUGAAGAAAAGUGAAAGUAAUGUUUUGUUUAACCAUGUCUGCAUAUUUAAAGUAUAUGGAUACUCCAAUGUCUGUUAAUAAUACAAUUUCUAUGUUACUAUAAUGUGUGUGGGUGCUUUACAUUCCCAGCACAGUCUGUAUUAUAUUACUGUUGGCCACUAGAUGUCAGUCUACGUCAGUAGCAGGACAAAUGAUUGACACUAUACUCCCCCUCUUCUCAAGUCAGUGCAUCUGAUUUUCGGUGUAGGGUGAAGUUGCCCCUAUACACUGAUCUUGGGUCAGUUUUGCAUUUACUUCACUAAUGGUUAAGGUUAGGAUUAGCGGAGGGGAAGCUAAUCCUAGAUAUGUGCCUGGGGGAAACUUCACCCUGGGACAUUAUUCUCUCUAAUCAGGGACUGAUUCAGACCUGGGACACCAGGGCUGCAUUCACGCAGGCAGCCCAAUUCUGACAUGUUUUUUCACAAAUCGGUCUUUUGACCAAUCAGAUCAGCUCUGAAAAAGAUCUGAUGUGAUUUGUCAAAAUACCAGUUAGUGGGGGAAAAUAUAAUAAUUGGGCUGCCUGCCUCUCAUACAGUAUAAAACCUUGCCUUGAACUUGCACCUGUAUAAAGCUGCCUAUGUGAUUGGAAUCUGGCCAAUCGGUGAUAUUAAAGGAAUAAUUCAGCCAAAUUA